GAUGCGAGCGUACGCGCGAGCGCUUGUCACGCUCGCCGGAAGGUUAGAUUUCGAUGAUUAAUUCGAGCCGGACCUCAUAAACACGCGAUACGACGGGGCGGUAGCGGCGCCUCAGUUUUCAUCUUUUUACAUAGGAUGGAGGAGAUCGACAAUAUAAUAAUUCAUUCGUUGCGACAAAUAGGCUGUGACAUUGAAGAGAGCAUAACGAAUCUAAGUGGCUUUAACACCGAAUUGGUUGUAGAAGCUACUGUAAGAUGCUUGGAAGCAAUAAGACCAGGUUUAGGCUUGACCACUGUACUACCAGUGAAUAUGGCAGCACGCUUUCGACUGGGCGCUACUCUCGCACAAACGUGCACAGAACUAGGGUACAGAGGUGACAUCGGCUACCAGACAUUCCUGUACAACUCGGAAGCAGAUCUGCGGAGGGUAUUCAUGUUUCUUAUCGAAAAACUGCCAAAGGAAAGUGAGAAAACCAUAAACGAGUCUAUCAGUGAAGUAGCUUUGCUAGAAAAAUCAGUAGCAUCCGCGAUAUCCCAAGGACUCUCUGCAUCAUGGUUACCACACUAUUGUCACAAGAAGGGAUUCAGAAAUAGAGGAAGAGCAAGUGUUCCAUAUGCGCCUGUAAAUAUCGAAGUACCAAUAGCAAAUGUGGAGGAUGAUUACAAGGAUUACUAUACGCGCUAUUUGCAAUCAGUGCCUGAACAAAUGCACGACAUUUCAUGCUUUUUACCCUCAAUGAUAUCGUAUAAUGCAAAAACGCUCAAUACUUCCUCAAUAGAUGUUAUGGAGCGUAUAAAUUGGCUCAACAACCAACAGUCUGAAAAAACUGCUUAUUCUAAUAUGCAUAAUAUUGUUAAAGAGUUUAGCAAGUUCUCGGCAGAGAACAAAACACAAACUUCAACGGAAUCUCAGGUGAAGCCAGAAUCUGCAGUGCAUCCAGUGCUUCCAGAUCAAGAAACAUUAAGAAAUGAAGCAAAACAGCAAAUUGAAACGGAAAAGAUAAAAACAGAAUGCGAAAGUCUUAGAAUAAAUAUAGAGGAAUUGCAAAAUGAGAUUAAAAAGUUGACUACUAGAUUAGCACAAGCGAUGAUAACUGGUCAAAACGAAGAGAAGGAAUUGAGAAUUAGUGAGGAACAAAAAAAAAUUAAGGCAAAAGCGUACGAGCUGCUUCAAGAUGGGCCAGAAAAUGUAAAGAAAUUAGAAUCUGCAAUUGAGGCUAGUACAAGCAAAUUAAUUAAUUUAGCAAAUCAGUGGGAAAAGCAUAGAGUACCUUUAAUUAUGAAAUAUAGGCAAGAAAGAGAGAAGCAUUCCACAAAAGCAAAUGCGAGCCAAAAGAAGCUAGACGAGAUAAAAUUGUUAAAAGAGAGAGAAAAGGAACUUCAGGAGGAAUGUCGGAAUAAGGAUCAGCAAUAUUCACAAUUGGUCGCGGAAGUUCAGAAACUUCCGAAGGAAGUCAACAGAUCCGCGUACACUCAACGAAUUUUAGAAAUAAUAAAUAAUGUCAGGAAACAAAGAGACGAGAUAAGCAAGGUUCUGGCGGACACUCGUGAGAUUCAGAAGGAAAUCAAUACGCUUAACGGGAGACUGGAGAGAUCCUUCACUGUCGUAGACGAAUUGAUAUUUAGAGAUGCGAGAACGAACGAGGCUUCACGAAAAGCUUACAAAUUAUUAGCAACGUUACAUUCAGACUGCAGUGAACUCGUGAGCUUGGUCGAGGAAACGGGCGCGACAAUACGAGAGAUUAGAGAUUUGGAAGAACAGAUCGAUUCCGAGUCCGCCAAGAACGUCGGCGCUAAUCUGGAAAGGAUAACUGCCGAUUUGAAACAGAUGAAGCAAGAAACUGCUGCGUUGACCGCCCAACUCCAAAGCAAAGCCUCGUGAUUGUUAUGUACAGUGUUGCAUUAUUUUGCAAAUUGUAAUAUUCAGGACCAGAUGGUAAUCUAAUACAAGAUAUAAACGAAUACAAUCAACGCAUCAAAGACCAAAUACUUUUUAGCUGCGCAACUGGCAAAAUAUGCGAUAUUGCCUGUGAGAAUCUCUGCGCGAAUUUACUAAGUUGGCUGCUAAAAAAAAAUGUGCCUUGGCCUGGUCAUCAGGCAUUAAGGCUUUUAUUAGUCACGGGCCAAGUGUAUGAUAAAAAAAAAAACGUUCUUAACAUCACAAUGCUCAAAGAGACAUUAUUUGUUAUAAAGCCUAAUAAUUUUUUAGUAUCGAUUCAACUUUCGUAUAUUUCUCGCAACUUGAAGAUCUGACUUAUACAGCUGUAAAUAAAAUAAUUGCUGAAACGUCAUAUUAAAGCAAAGAACAUGUACAAAAUAUAAAAUGUACGAAUAAUGGU